AUGAGGAUCUGCUUGUCUAGUGACGGGUUUGCUCUGGCAGAUGCGUCUGAGGUAUAUUACUGGACAGACUUGUCUAGUGACGAGUUUGCUCUGGUAGACGCGUCUGAGGUAUAUUACCUGACAGGCUUGUCUAGUGACGGGUUUGCUCCGGCAGACGUGUCUGAGGUAUAUUACCAGACAGGCUUGUCUAGUGACGAGUUUGCUCUGGCAGACGCGUCUGAGCAAUUUUUGGGUGAGACGGAUGAGCUGUGGGUGAUUUUGUGUAACCGGGAUUUCCGGGGCGCCAAACCAGACGAGAUGGAAUCCUGGCGAGAACUGUAUCUGAGACGCUACGAUGAAAGAGAGGCGAAGCUUCAGAAAUUAAAGGCUAACAUUGCAGCUUCAGAAGAGGCGAGGAAGGCCCCAGUGCGUCUCACCAAGCUCGCAUAUGUGGACACUGUUGCCAAACCGCCGCGAGAUGUGAGACGAAAACAGAUGAAGUAUGGGACGGCUACAGUGGACAUGAGCCCCUCAGGGUCCAAACCUAACCCAGCUGGCUACCAGAGAUCGAGUCUCAAGAGUCGCCUCGCCAUGGACACAGCUCCUGUAGCUCCACGCAGAGUGAUGAAGGCACCAGCCCCAAUGAUGCAGGAAAACAAUGAAAAUGAUCAAAAAGCUACAAAGGCGUUAGAAUUCACCUGUCAUCAGCAAGGUAGAUUCAUUUGUCUGUCUGUCGGCCAGGAGCAAAAGGCCAUUUUAGCAAUAUAACAUUUCAGAGAUAUUUUCAUAAUAAAUGUGAAAAAGUCAAGGAAAGUGCUGUCAUAGCCAUGAGUAGUUCUCAUUGUGACGGCGGGUAUUGAGUGGAAGGAAAGCUUCCGCGUUGCAAGAAAAAGACUCAUUGAAGUAAAAGUGUACUCCAGUUUGAUACACAGCUUAACGAUGUAAUACGCCUUUUUUAAAGUUUGUUUUAAUUAUUUUUUUCCGUAUCAGUAAAUCUGUGUGAUUUCUCUGUGAUUACAAUCUUAAGUGUGGGAAUAUACCUGUUAUGGAAAAAAAAAUUUAUGUUCAUUUUUAUGUGAAUAUAAAAACGCAGAAGUGAAAACAUGCGCUGCUGUAUAACAGAAUUCAUUUCGCUUAACGUUAAAUGUAAACUUAAUUUUGAGAUCAAAAGUUUAUAAAGCUAAUACACAAGAUCUUUCUCUUUGUUUUAAGUUAUGAACAGACGAAAGCGUUUGAAUAUUCAUUUGUGAGGUGACAAGAUUUACAGAUGAACAAAGAAAUAUUUAAAUAGUACGACUUUUAGUUUCUGUUGUAUGAGAGCAUAUGAUUCGUGUGUUUUGGAAUGUGAUUUAUUCUGUGGUUCGUAUUUGUAUAUAUAUUUGUACUUCUGUUG